AUGGCGGCUGCCGCUGUUGCAGCUGCAGCGCUGGACCCCAGCAAUAGCGCCAAAAAUACAUUGAAACUUGAAAAUACGGACAAAAGAGACACCCUUAUUGCAAUUGAAAAGAAAUACCAAGCGCAAUGGAAGGCGAACAAGGUUUUCGAAGUCAAUGCCCCAUCUAUAUCCGAAAUCCCCCCUGACUCUAUCACCGCCGCCGGCCUGCGGGAAAAGUUCCCAAAAUUCUUUGGCACCAUGGCAUAUCCAUAUAUGAAUGGAACUUUACAUGCCGGCCACAGCUUUACCGCCAGUAAAGUAGAGUUUAUGGCGGGGACUGCUAGAAUGGAGGGAAAACGAGCUCUAUUUCCUCUUGGUUUCCAUUGCACCGGUAUGCCGAUCAAAGCUUGUGCCGAUAAGCUGGUGGACGACAUUAAAAAGUUCGGGAAACAUUUUGAGAGAUAUACCGACGAAGGGGAUGAGCCCGACGAAGCGCCCGCUCCGACUCAGGGAACCAAAGAGGACCUGACCAAGUUUUCUGGGAAGAAGAGCAAGGCCGCGGCCAAGUCUGUGAAAAUGAAAUACCAGUUCCAAAUUAUGUUGGCUUUGGGUAUACCCCUUGAAGAAGUACAUAAGUUUGCCGACCCUGCCCACUGGCUUGAAUUUUUUCCGCCAUUGUGUGUCAGAGAUCUCGAUAGUAUCGGAGCUAGGAUCGAUUGGCGGCGUCAGUUCGUGACCACGGAUGCCAACCCUUAUUACGAUGCCUUUACCCGCUGGCAGAUGAAUCGCCUCCAUGAGCAAGGGAAAAUCUUGUACGGAAAUCGAUAUACUAUCUAUUCACCCAAGGACGGACAACCGUGUAUGGAUCAUGACCGGACUGAAGGUGAGGGAGUUGGUCCACAAGAAUACACCGCUUUGAAACUUAAGGUCAAGGAAUGGUCGCCGGCUGCCCAAGAGCUCGUUAAGGGGAAGAUUGAACCCGACGCCAAUGUGUACUUUGUUCCUGCCACCCUACGUCCCGAGACGAUGUAUGGGCAGACAUGUUGCUUCCUUGGGCCUAAAAUACCGUAUGGCAUCUACAAGGUCAGCGAGAAGGAAUAUUACAUUGUUACUAAGCGCGCGGCCUGGAACAUGGCCUUCCAAGGCACUUUCUUUAGCAGUGACAAUUUCCCACGAGACCAGAGUGAGCUUCAACCACUAGUGGAGGCCCCUGGCUCCACAUUUGUUGGUACGCUGGUCAAUGCGCCUCUGUCUGUUCAUACUGGGGGUGUUAGAAUACUUCCUAUGGAGUCCGUGUCUGCAACUAAGGGAACUGGUGUCGUAACAUCGGUACCGUCAGACAGCCCAGAUGAUUAUGCAACUGUAGUUGAUCUCGCAAAGAAAGCUGAUUACUACGGUAUUAAGAAAGAAUGGGCUGAAUUGGAAAUCCUUCCCAUUAUCGAAACCCCUUCGUAUGGGAACCUUACAGCACCAACCUUGGUAAAGCAGCUCAAGAUCAACUCACCAAAGGAUGCAGUUCCGCUCGCCAAGGCAAAGGAAUUAGCAUAUUCGGAAGGAUUCUACAAAGGUACCAUGCUUCAUGGUGAGUUCAAAGGCCAGCCAGUUCAAGAAGUCAAAGAGAAGGUCCGUGAGUCUCUCAUCAAGAGUGGCGAUGCGUUCCCAUUUGCCGAUCCUGCAGGCAAGGUCGUCAGCAGAAGUAAUGAUGAAUGUGUUGUUGCAUAUCUUGGCCAAUGGUUCUUAAAUUAUGGGGAAAACGAUCCGCAGUGGCAGAAAGAGACCCUUGAUUAUGUGAAAGGACCACUCAACACCUAUUCUCAAGAAGCUCGCCACGGGUUUGAGAAGAAUCUUGAGUGGCUGAAUCGAUGGGCAUGUGCCAGAACUUAUGGCUUGGGUUCCAGACUGCCAUGGGAUCCUCAUUUCCUAGUCGAAAGUUUGAGUGACAGUACAAUUUACCAGGCAUAUUAUACCAUUGCACACCUUCUCCACGCUGACAGAUACGGAAAGGAACCGGGUAGUCUCGGAAUCAAGCCCGAGCAAAUGACAGACGAGGUUUGGGAUUAUAUCUUCACUAGAAGAGAUCUUGGCGAUGAUUUAAUUCAAUCAACCGGCAUCCGUAAGGAGGCUUUUCUGACUAUGAGACGAGAGUUUGAGUACUGGUAUCCCCUGGAUGUGCGCGUUUCAGGCAAAGAUCUUAUUCAGAACCAUCUCACAUUUUGCCUAUAUAUCCACGCCGCGCUUUUCCCUCGGGAAUACUGGCCACGCUCUAUCAGAGUCAAUGGUCAUUUGCUGCUGAACGGUGAGAAGAUGAGCAAGAGCACUGGAAAUUUCUUGACCUUGAAGGACGCAGUGGAAAAAUACGGUGCGGAUGCCACUCGGAUUGCCUUUGCUGAUGCGGGUGACGCGAUUGAGGAUGCGAACUUUGACGAAUCAGUCGCCAAUAGUAAUAUAUUGCGUCUUUUUACACUGAAGGAGUGGAUCGAGGAGGUUGCCAAAGACAGCUCUCUCCGCACGGGACCUGCGGAUGCAUUCUUCGAUAAGCUGUUUGACAAUGAACUGAAUGUAUUGGCUCGGGAGGCAAGGAAGCAUUAUGCUGACACAAAUUUCAAACUUGCUUUGAAGAGGGCGCUCUACGACUUUACCAGUGCAAGAGAUUUCUACCGCGAAUCGACCACCGCUGCUGGUAUUGGUAUGCAUCGCGAUAUAAUUCUUCGAUACAUCGAACUGCAAGCUCUCCUUCUGACACCGAUUACUCCUCAUUGGUCUGAAUACGUGUGGCUGGAGGUCCUCAAGAAGCCGGAUACCAUCCAGAAUGCCCUUUUUCCUAAUGUUCCAGAGCCAUCCCCAGCCCUUUCAUCCGCUCUAAUCUACGUUCGCACUACCUCCUCAAACAUCACCUCAUCCGAAGCUACCUUUGCCCGCAAACUCUCCAAGGGCAAAACCGUCAGCUUCGACCCUCGCAAACCAAAGAAGUUGACCAUCUUCGCCGCCAAGAAAUUCCCCAGCUGGCAAGAGAAAUAUAUCGACCUUGUCCGAGAGGCGUUCGAUGAAGUCUCCCUCUCCAUUAACGAUAAAGAGCUGAAUGGCAAAGUGAGCAAGUUAGGCGAGAUGAAGAAAGCAAUGCCGUUCGUGCAGGGAUUGAAGAAGCGAUUGGUCACGGCAAAGGAACUGCCGGAAACAGUUUUUAACCGAAAACUGGGCUUCGAUGAGCUAUCGGUUCUUGGCGAUAUGGUUGCGGGUUUGAUCAGAACGACUGGAUGUAAAGUUGUGGAGGUCGUUGCCGUUGAAGAGGGCGGUAAAGCGGGUACGACCUUGGAUGGUCAGCCGAGAGAGGGGCUACCAAAUGUUGCGGAGAAUGCAGUGCCCGGACAACCUACGUUCCAUUUCGAGAAUAUCCCCGAGGCGGGUGAAGUGUAAUUUGUGACCGAGUAACGUUGUUUUCGAUUUAUGAGGUCGCCAUGACGUGCUUUGUUCAUUGCGGGGCUGGGGGUAAAGAAAGGUGAUAGAGAUUUAGAGGGGGUAUCUUCGUUAAGGUCUAUUUAACGUUAAGAGGCAUAGCGUAAGAACAAGCAGAAUAUAUAUUAUACAUAAAUAUUUGACACG